AUUGUAUUGUAUUGUAUUGUCAUGUUUAAAUGGUGUUACAAAAUAAACAAUUUAACAUUGAAUUACCAUAGAAUACGUGAAAUUUAUAGUUUAGCUUUAUAUUAAAGGAAAGAUGAACCCUAAAAAUCGUAUCGCUAAGGCUUGUGAUGACAGGCCUUUUGAAGGGUUGAUAAUAACAAACACUGAACCGCUUAGUUCUCUAUCUAGUAGAAGUGCUUGCCCACGUUGCGGCAAGUCAAGAAUGUACUUUUGUUAUGUUUGCUUUAUUCCAGUACCAGCACUUGAAGGAAAAAUACCUUACUGUAAACUACCAAUAAAAGUGGAUAUUAUCAAACACAAAGGAGAGAUUAAUGGUAAAAGCACUGCAGCCCAUGCUGCUGUUCUUGCUCCACGGGAUGUCACAGUGUACACAUAUCCAGAUAUUCCAGAUUAUCCUACUGAUGGAAAGGUUGUUUUGUUGUUUCCUGGAGCUGAGGCAAAAUCUGUGCGAGACUUAUUCAAUCAACAACAAAAUCAGCCUUCAUACUCAGAAAUUAUGUUAUCACAACUGCCAGUUGGUUACAAUGUUGGAACAUUAAUGAAAAAGAUAGUUACAAGAAAAGAUAACCAUGAAAUCUAUCAUGUCCAAGAAUUACCUAUAAAUCAUGUAGUUAUUAUUGACAGCACCUGGAAUCAAUGCCGUGGUAUAUAUGCCGAUAAAAGAAUUCAAAAACUGCCAACCAUAGUUUUGCAAAACAGACCAUCUCAAUUUUGGAGACACCAAAAAGGCAGUCCUAGGUGGUAUCUUUCCACAAUUGAAUCAUUACAUCAACUUGUGUUAGAAUUACAUUUGUGUGCAUGGGGUCGGAGUGAAAAUUACAAAUUCCACCUUACAGAUUACUACCCUGUGCAUAAUCCAGAUCAAAAUCAUCCUCAAUGUGAUCCUUAUGUUGGACAAUAUGACAACUUAUUAUUCUUUUUUGUUUUUAUGUAUUCAAAGUUACAUCAACUUUAUAAACAUGAAGAUUUGUUAGCCUAUAAAAGACCAAUGUCUUGAUAUCCGAAAAAUAAACAGGACUUGAAAUAUUUGUUGAUUAAAAUAAAUUUAUUUGACUAAGAAAUAAAUUUUUA